GUGCAGAGGCGUAGGGUUUUAUUGAGGUUUUAGUUGGAACAUAAAAGACGAGGCGAAAAAAGGGUUCGCACUUCACAGUUCAGACCAAACCAGAUUCGAACACCCAAUUCUCCAACUUAUGGCAGACGACGAUCAUAAAGGCGAACUUGAAGACUCUCCAGCAAUUAUAGCACUUGGCUCCCUCCUUAAGCUCACCGAAAUCCAUUUUUGGGUCGAUCUUUAUACGGGGAUACCAUAUGAUUCAACUUAUCUAGAGUGCAAAGAAACGGCCAUGGAUGAAGUCAUCAGCUCAAUCAAGACAGAAAGUAGUUCUGUAUCUGUUGAGACUGAAUUGUCUAGGCAGAUGAAUGAACUAGGGCUUCCUCUUUCCUUCUGCACAAACAAGGAGGAGACAUUGCAAUCACAUUUCCUUAACUUGGAGGCAUUCAUAACCAUAUUCAAAUCACAAAGAAGAGAAAUGGAAAGGUUAGAGGAAAUAGAAAGAAUGGAAACAAGAAAGUUAUGUAUACUUAUGAAGAAACCAUAGAUGAAGCUUCAUUAAAUAGUUCUAUUCUCACAAAAGAUAACAUGCAAACGGAAGCUACUCCAGAACAUGUUAAUGGUGGAACUUGUAGUGAUAUGAUUGUUGAUGACAAAAGUGAGAAUCCAAAAGAUGAAAUGAUUGAUUAUACAAUUGAUAGUGGAAGAAAUAAUGAAUCUGGAGAUUGGAUGACAUAUUGGGAUGAGUUUUAUGAAAGAAACUACUAUUACAAUAGUAGAACACAUGAGUCAACAUGGGAACAACCUUCAGAAAUGGCAAACUUAGAUUCUGUUUAUGUGUUAAAUGAGUUGAAAGAGAUGGUGUUUAAAAUAGAUGAUGAAGGUGAUGCUAUUAGAAAUGAUAUCAAAGAGGAAAAUUCAGGUGUUUUGCAACAUGAUUGUAGGCUUUCAACUACUGUUUCUGAUGAUAAAUUUAAUGAGCUUUUGAGUAGUAAAGAAGUUGAUGGAAAUAUGCAUCUCACACCAGAGAAAUUGUGUAAUGAAGCUGAUGAUGUUGUUUACAAAAGAAAAAAGAAAGUGAAACGAACAAAGGCACACAAGAGAUCAUCUGUUGACAAUAAAGUUUCCACAGAGGCUGAAUUUGAGGUGUCAAAGGAUCCAAUUAUUAGCAAAUAUUGGUGUCAAAGAUACUUGCUUUUUUCCAAAUACGAUGAUGGAAUAAAAAUGGAUGAAGAAGGUUGGUUUUCUGCAACUCCGGAAUGCAUAGCACGGCAUCACGCAUUCCGAUGUCGGAAUGGAAUCAUUGUCGACUGUUUUACUGGAGUUGGUGGGAAUGCAAUCCGAUUUGCAUCAAACAGCAUCCACACAAUUGCAAUUGAUAUUGAUCCAAAGAAGAUCGAGUAUGCUCAACAUAAUGCAUCCAUUUAUGGAGUCAAACAUCUUAUAGAAUUUAUAACAGGCGACUCUUUCAUUUUAGCCCAAAAGUUAAAGGCAGACACUGUGUUCUUGUCUCCACCCUGGGGUGGGCCCCACUAUGCUAAAGCAAGAAACUUUGACAUCAUCACUAUGCUGAAGCCACAUAACGGACAAUUUCUUUUCAAUGUGGGGAAACAAAUAGCUCCAAGAAUCGUUAUGUUUCUUCCAAGAAAUGUUGACGUCAACCAACUUGCUGAGCUGUCACUUUCUGCUAAUCCUCCAUGGAAACUUGAGGUUGAAAAGAAUUUUCUGAAUGGCAAGUUGAAGGCUAUUACUGCCUACUUCACGGAUCCAUCAUUGUGAUUUUGGUCGUUGAUAUUUAAAUGUUGUAGAUUGUAUAUGAAAAUUUAAACAUGUGUUGAUAUUUUAUUUGAGUUUGGAUAUAAAUAUUCGAAAUACAAGCAUUGGAUUUUUGGGAUUGAAAAUAAGCC